AUGGACUGGGGCACGCUGCACACGUUCAUCGGCGGCGUGAACAAGCACUCCACCAGCAUCGGGAAGGUGUGGAUCACGGUCAUCUUCAUCUUCCGCGUCAUGAUCCUCGUGGUGGCCGCCCAGGAGGUGUGGGGGGAUGAGCAGGCCGACUUCGUGUGCAACACGCUGCAGCCCGGGUGCAAGAAUGUGUGCUACGACCACUUCUUCCCCGUGUCCCACAUCCGGCUCUGGGCGCUGCAGCUCAUCUUCGUGUCCACGCCGGCCCUGCUGGUGGCCAUGCACGUGGCCUACUACAGACACGAGGCCGCGCGCCGGUUCAGGCGCGGGGAGAAGAGAAGCGAGUUCAAGGACUUGGAGGACAUCAAACGGCAGAAGAUCCGGAUCGAGGGCUCCCUGUGGUGGACCUACACCAGCAGCAUCUUCUUCCGCAUCAUCUUUGAGGCCACCUUCAUGUACGUGUUCUACUUCCUGUACAACGGGUACCACCUGCCCUGGGUGCUCAAAUGUGGCAUCGACCCCUGCCCCAACCUCGUGGACUGCUUCAUCUCCAGGCCCACGGAGAAGACUGUCUUCACCAUCUUCAUGAUCUCCGCGUCCGUGAUCUGCAUGCUGCUCAACGUGGCCGAGCUGUGUUACCUGCUGCUCAAGGUGUGUUUCAGGAGAUCCAAGCGAGCACAGAAGCAAAGAACCCCCCCCAACCAUGCCCUCAAAGAGAGUAAACAGAACGAAAUGAAUGAGCUGAUUUCCGAGAGCGGGCAAAACGCCAUCACGGGGUUUCCUAGUUAA